AAAUCAACUUUAAAUCAAGCCAUAGAAGAAGGGAAAAGAAAAAGAAAAAGGGCCAAAAAAAAAAAUCUCCAGCUGAAGUAGCUUUUCCUCGAAGUUGGGGUUAUUCAUGGCUGCUAAGCCAUGGGAUCGCCGGGAAAAUGUAGCUGGUAGCGGCUAUACUAAGCAGAGAUCAGGUCCUCCAUCUCAUUUCUUCAAGAUUAUAUAUCCCUCCAUCCUUGCAGACCAAAAACUGGAAAUCCCAUCAAAGUUUGUAAAGAAAUUUGGCGAUGAAUUGUCUGAAGUUGCUACCGUCACGGUUUCCAAUGGUCGCACUUGGCAACUGGGUUUGAAGAAAGCUGAGAGGGCAAUUUUGUUUGUUGAUGGUUGGCAAGAAUUUGUGGAAUACCACUCCAUAGAUUCUGGCUACUUUUUAUUAUUUGGAUACCAAGGGUUUUCGAAAUUCAAUGUCUGCAUAUUUGAUAAGACUGCUACUGAGAUUGAUUACCCAUGCCAUGGCAGAAGCAGUAACAAGCAAUAUUCAGAAAAUGUUGAGCAGGUAGUUGCAGAUGAUGAUCAUGAUGAAAUCUCAGAGCAAUAUACAGAUCAACAAGAUGGUGGUAGAAAAAGGAAGAAGCUUGACAAAAGAGUUACUUCUCUGAAGUGCAAAGCAGCUAAAAGGAGCAAAAAUUGUGAACUUGAAGGGCAGGCAGAACAAGUAGGAUUAGGUGAUGCAAAUAGAACCACGAGAGGCAAAAUGAAGAUUGAAAACGGAACUCAUUGCUCACACGAUUUGUCAGCAAAUGACGAAGAUGAAGAGGAACUCAUGAUCAUUAGCAAAUCUUUCUAUCGUUGUAGAAGAAAGCCUGUGAUGUCCAAGGAAACUGAGAGGGCAUUCCAUGCUGCCAGAACUUGCAAGCACACACAUCCUUGUUUCUUGGUUCUGCUGCGCAAGCGCAACGUUGCCUGCUCUUUUGUAGAUGUGCCUGGGGAAUUUGUGAUGAAAUACAUGCGAAGUUGUUCGGAAUUCAUAAACAUUCAGUCAAUAAAUGGUAAGCAAUGGCAAAUGAAAUGCAGAUUCAGAAAUGGUAGGAGCUUGGUUAAGAGAAUAAGCGGAGGGUGGAGUGCAUUUAAGAAUGAAUUCAAUUUGAAAGAAGGUGAUAUCUGUGUAUUUGAGCUGAUCAAGCAAAAGGGUACUCUGCUGAGGGCUUCAAUAUACCAUGCUGCUGAUUAUGCAGACCCAGUAAAGAAACGGUUGAAGAAGUAAAUUUAAACUUGUUUCUUAACUUUUGAAACUUGAAGAUGUUCUAUAUGUGGAAGGGAUUAAGUGAUUAACAAACUGGAUAACCAGCCAUAAAUGUCUUUUUGGGUGUUUUUCUUUACUGAUAUGGCCCACCCAAAUAGGACCUGGCAUAAUACUCUUUGAUCUUAAUGGAUGUAUGUUGAUGGUUUAA